AUGGCGGUCGGAGAAGAAUUUUGGCGCCAACUUGAGAAUCUCAAACAGCUCUCUUUACGGGAUUUUGAGGUUUAUGGACACGCUGAGGCGACGCUGGACAGUGCUGAAGAUGUAGACAGAGCAGCAAUGGAAGGGUGCGAGCGUGUGGUGGAGUCUGUGGUGGCGAGUCUGUCCUCAGGAGAGUGCCCCGUGCUCCGAGUGCCUCGAUCCCACAGGAGCGACGGUGCGGGCGGCGUCGGAGAGAGCCUCGUUACGGUGGGGGCGCCUCGAUCCACCCGCCGCUUCUCCGUGCUGCUCUUCACCCUCGCCCAGGCGUUCCGCCACGUCGCGUCGGGGACCUUCAGCACCAGGAGAGACGUGUUCUACGAAAACGUGUGGCUCUAUGGCUCUCAGAGUGCCCUGGACCGCGCCGCUGAGGACCUGAGCCGCCUGCUAGGAGUGCCUCGCCGGGGCCUCCACCUCACCGUCACGGGGAAGGGUCUGGUCGCGGGGUGCCUCGCCUACACCACGCACGAUGGCACCACUAUCGACGUCAGCCAAGCCCAGCAAGGAGUGCUGGUGCCGGAAUGCGUGCAGGGCCUGAGCGGCGUGGUUUCCGCGGCGCGCUACAUCCUGGUGGUGGAGAAAGACGCCACCUUCCAGAAGCUGGUGGAGGCGCAGCUCCAUCGCUCCUUCGGACCCGCCGUUCUCAUCACGGGCAAGGGCUAUCCCGAUGUGCUGACCAGACAGCUGGUUUUCCGGCUGUGGAGCGAGCUGCGUGUGCCAGUCCUCGCCCUCACGGACGCCGAUCCCUAUGGGCUCCACAUCGCUGCCAUCUACAAGUUCGGAUCCCUGGCCCGCGAGGAGCCCGGCCUCUCCGUGCGGAGUCUGGCGUGGCUGGGCGUGCUGCCGUCUGACCUGCCGGCGCUUCAGCUGCCCGCCCACGCCCUCUUGCCCCUCACGCCCACGGACCACGGCAAGCUGGCUACGCUCGCUGCCCACCCGCUUGUCUCGAAGUGCCCGGCAUGGCAGCACCAGAUUCACGAGCAGCAGAAAUCAGGUUACAAAGCGGAGAUCCAGAGCCUGACUCACGUAGCGCACGACUACCUCACGUCCUCCUACAUCCCGACCAAGAUCAGACAAGGAGGCUGGAUCACAUAGCUUUUUGGCAAUCCUUUAUCAUACUGCCUAUCUCCUCCACGCUCCUUAUCCUCUCCUGUGUCUCUCGCCGCCAGCGUUCUACAUGUGCGUUAUCGUUACGCGUUUUUUUUCUCUCUUAUUUGUAUUUUUUUCUUCUCUUUUAUUCUUCAUGCUGCCCUUCUUGCUCCCUCCAUCUUCAGCUCGUCCAUGCACCGUACUCACAAUAAAUCUUGGUCUCCCUCCUCGCCCGUCGUGGUCACUUACCGCCAGCAGCGUAGAGAGGAGGACGCGAAAGGCCACGUCUCCCUCGUGGCCCCUGAGCACUCCUCCUCCCGCGCCUUCCCCAGCUCAAGGCGGGAUCUUGCAUCUUGUGAGCUAAGUGGCUUCUAUUAGCUCCAUCAGCGUGUGCGGAGGCCCCGGGCGGCUGUACUUCCCUCAGGCACCCCGGCCAACUCUGAGGGAGGUGUGAGGAAGGGAAGACGGAUUAAUGGUCGGAGGGAAAGGGGAACAGCUGAAACAUACAUUCCUAAUGCCAGAGUCGGGCGGGCGCAGAGGCAAAUGAUAAAGACAAAGGUGGCCCGAAAGAACAUGAAAUCAGAGAAUGGAGGAGAUGAAGAAGGUGAAGGACGAGGACGAGGAGGAGGAGGAGGAGGAGCAUCCUGAGUCCGCGGGGUGAUUGAUCGGGUGACACCGGGAAGGGGGAACAGAUAACCCAGAAAGAAAGUCGAUAAGAGAGGGAAAAUGAGGACGGAUGAUGGAAGGAGCUGAGACAGUUUAUUGGAGGAGAUAGAUGUUGAGAGAGAUUGUGACGGAGACCGCGGAAGAUGCUUCUUGUGAUUGGCGGAAGAUAUUGAUUCACAAGAUUUUGAUUGUAAGCGAUUCUGCACGUGGGAGAACGGGGAUGCUUAAUGGCUAAGAACAGGGGGGACUGCAGCGUGUGCAAUACACAUAGAAGGACCAAGUAAACGAAGGCAAUGAAAAGUGCGGAAAUUUCCUUAAAUGCUCCAUUUCUGAGAUGGACCCGCCUGGCUGCUCUAAGUUGAGGGUUCAUUUGUUUGUAUAUUGUUUCAUAUGGAGGCAUGAAAGAGGAAAGAACAAGAAUGUUCGCUGUUCUCGGAUUAAAUGCAGUGCGUACAAAGGGUUCAUUAUCUUCCAGGUCAGAAUCAUAUUAAAACUGAAUAACUAUUCGCAACGGAGGAAUAGGUGCGCUUUAGGAUCUACCACGGCUUCUCAUUCUUGAUUUGUUGCAGCGAUGAACAGAAAGAAUGCAUUACGCUCGGCAAAUUUAUUAUUUCGGUGUAAUAUUCUGCUUGAUGAAUCUGCAGCGAGAAAAUCAAAAGUCAGUUUGAUUUUUCGUUUUCUUGUUUUCUUUUAAAUAUUGCCAUAGUCCAGUUUUUUGUACUGAGGAUUUUUUUUUUUUUUUUUUUUUUUUUUUUUUUUUUUUUACAAAGCGAUAGAACGGAAAUCCAUCAUCGGCUUUUGUCACCAAUGAUAGACCGGUAUAGAUUUUGCUCAUGAAUAUUAAGUGGUGUUUCCAAAGUUUCUCGGGAUAUCGUCUAUCGCUUAAUAGAAUCUCCAAGCCAUAAGUUGAGUCCCGAGUCUGAAUAGUUAACGAGAUAACCAGUAGGCAAAGUAUGUGUCUUUCAUCAUUCCCUGACGUUGAUUGAAUUACCGGAUCUGCAGAUUGGCAGGUUUUUUUAUGCGUUUUAGGGGGGGGGGGGGG